AUGGCUGCCACAACCCGCAGCUCCCGCACGAUCCGCCCCACGCACCGCCUCCGCCGAGCCGCCUCUCCCCGCCCCGGCUCCCUACGUAACAUGCGGCUCAUCGGUAGUGGAAGCCGGAGCGCAGCCGCUGUGUGUCCACUGACCUGGAUCGAGCGGAGCGGAGCAGGCUCUGGAUCGCGCUCAGCUGUGGAGAGGAAGCAGGGUGGAGAUGGAGUCGGGACCGGGAGGCCGUGGCUGCCCGACACUGCUGCUCCUGCCGCCGCCGAGCUGCAGGAAGAGCGCCGGCCUCCUGUGAUCACAUCCUCCUCGGCUGCACCGGGACCCCUGGAGACCCGGAGCCCGGAGCACCACGCUGACCGAGCACCUGUACAUGGACCCGCAGGGCGCAGGUGUGUCAACCUGCAGGAUUUGAAGAGAGUGUUGUCCUUCCCACCAUACCCUGGGGAUUUCCUACAUCCAGUGGUGUAUGCCUGCACUGCAGUCAUGCUGCUCUGUCUGCUUGUCUCCAUUAUGACCUAUAUCGUCCACCAUAGUGUCAUCCGCAUCAGCAGAAAUGGCUGGCACAUACUCCUCAACUUCCUCUUUCACACGGGACUUACGUUUGGAGUUUUUGCCGGCGGCAUCAAUCAGGUCAACCUGCCUUUUGUGUGUCAGAUUGUUGGCAUUGUGCUCCACUAUGCUUCUUUGUCUACCAUGCUGUGGCUGACAUUUACAGCUAGGAACAUCUGUAAAGAUGUGUGCAAGGACCCACUUCGGGCUCAGGACAGGAACGGGCCGGCCAAGACUCGUAACAAACCAACCGUCUUCAGAUUUUAUCUUGUCAGUGAUGGAAUCCCUCUCAUAAUUGUUGGAGUUACAGCAGCAUUCAGUAUGGAUAACUACGGCAGCAGGGAUGGUGCUUUGUAUUGUUGGAUGGCAUGGGAACCAAGCCUGGGAAGUUUCUAUGCCCCCAUGUCUCUUCUGGUCUUGGUCAUGUCUGUGUACUUCUUGUGCACCUACAUCCAACUCAAACGCCAUCCGGAAAGGAGGUACGAGCUGCGAGUUCUGAGGGAGGAGCAGCAGCAGUUAUCGUCCACUGAGUCAAAUCAUCACUGCCACAUAGAUACUGGUGGAGCUUCCGGCCCUGCUGUGGACUGUCCACCGUUUGCUACAGGUGUUUCAGUGCUGGCCAAUGAGCACUCAUUUAAAUCUCAACUCCGAGCCACAGCAUUCACCCUCUUUCUGUUCCUGGCUACCUGGGCUUUAGGGGGAUUGGCUGUAUCAAUGGGACAUUUCCUGGAUAUGAUAUUCAGCUGCCUGUAUGGUGCUUUUUGUGUCACCCUUGGACUCUUUCUUCUCAUACAGCACUGUGCCAAACGUGAUGACGUGUGGCACCGCUGGUGGGCUUGUUGCCCAUCCAAGUCCAAGACAGAGGAUAGGAAUGGGGGAGGACAGAGCCAGAGGCAGGGGCUCCAUCAGCCCCACUGCCAGCUAAACUCCCCCUGCUCGGGCAAGCAGCUCUCCCCUCACUUUAUGCAAAGUUCUUACCACACAAUGCCACAACUUCCCCAGAUCCCCUCACCCAACCACACAGGUCCAUGCUGCGUGGCUGUGAUGAGUCCUGUUAUCACAGCCUCACUCUCACCUCUACCUGAGCCAAUGCCUUCACCACGUCCCCAGUCUCUCCUUGAUGAACUGCCUCGUCCUGUUCUGCCCCUUCAGAGCUGCCUUAUCGAUAGAACAAAGUCAUGCUCAUUCAACCGCCCACGCCCAUGCCUCCAGGACUACCGUUCUCACAUGACUUCCGUCAGUAUGGAUGAGAGUGUCCAAAGCUCCCACCUAGAGAGCCCUGCACAUCACCUUGAAGGCUCGCCACUGGUUUCCAACACCCCACAUCCAGAUAUCCAGCUUCCCUGCCCCAGCCCUCACUUGGAUAAACAGCUGCUUUCCUGCCACAGCUUGCAACGCCAGACCUCCUGCCAUAGUGUACAAGACUCAAUGACUUCCUGCCACAGCCACCCACACAACAUGCAUGACAGCAUGAGUUCCUGUCACAGCCUCCUCCUGCCUUCUCAUGGGGUCCACGCCUGCCAGUGGCGCAUGUACAGCUCAGCUGAUCAUUCUUCCACCACAAGCUGCUGUGAAAAGCCUGAUCCUUUCACCUUGCAGUAUCAGCAAGACCCCGAAGCUUACAGCUGUAUGCCAAAGACAGCAGACAAAGAAAAGGAUAAACUCUGUGUAGAGGAGGAGCAGAAAGGUUUCCCAAGGAAUACACUGCCUCGGAAGCAUGCCACCAUCAGCCUACGAGGCACCAUUGCCCGUAACAGGAGCCUGCAGGAAGAUAGCCUGUUUGGUUCAGAUGUCACGAGAAACAUACGGACUGGCCCUUGGAAGAAUGAAACCACCGUAUAG